AUGGCCGUCAUUGCUGCAUCAACUAGCUGCGACCUGAGAGCGAUAGCCGUGGGAGUGGGAGGAAUAAUGGUUACCCUGGGCGUGGCAGCAAAAUACGCUGAAGACCAUCGAAGACGAAGAGUACCUGCAGCAAGUAUUGGCGGACAUCAUCAACUCCAUGCGAGAAACCCCGUCGAAAUAUGGAUUCCUCCUAUCUACCUGUGGUCCGCUUAUGGAAUGCGUGAAGUGGUUCGGAAGACUUGA